AUGGAGCAUCAGGCGCUCCGUGCCGUGCUGCUGACAUUCCUCGUGGCGACCGUGGUGCCCUGCGCCGCGUCUGACGCCAAUGGACCAGAACGUGAACCGGACUUCAUUGUAACCAUUGGACCCAAAGGCGUGGAGGAAAAUACUCAACAGGUGUUUUUUCUCGGCCCUUCCGCAACUCUCCGUGUGGCUGACGAGAGCGGUAAAGCCAUCUUUCUGCCGCAACCGGCAUCGCCUGACCAGGAUACGGAGCCAAGCUACAAUCUUGCUUAUGUGUAUGAGAAUGGUCACUGCAAUUUUGAAAAGAUACUCUCGUACAAAGACGCUUUUCCUGGUUUCCCGCGGCAAGGGUGGGUCCGUACUGUGUCUAACGGGAGCACUCUCGGUAAGUCGCCUGGGAACAGUUUUCCGAUCUACACAUUCACGAAUCCUCCUGCUGAGUAUUUGACAGGAGUAGUCAGUUUUUGUGUUAGGUUUACAGCGCCCUUCGCAGUGACAACCACCACAACCAUGUCACCGACAACAGCAACAGUGACACCUACCUUUCCCGCAACACCCACUCACGAUGAUUCGGCUCCGUCAACUGAGAGUGGAGGCUCAUCAUCUCAGGGCGGUGACAGUGAAUCUGCGCUUCCUGGGGCUGGUGGCGGUGGAGUGUCACCAGAAGAGCCCCAUGGCGAUGCUGCCCCACCGUCUGCGCCCGAUGGAGAUGGUGGCUCAUCAAGCUCAGGCGAAAACAGUCAACCGCAACAAACUCCGACAUUGCCGCCGCAAGCCGACAACGGAGACGGGACGCCCAGCGGUUCAGAAGACAGCCAGAAUUCGCCUGAAGACAACGCCGAGGGAGCGGAGGGAGGCGGUGACGAUGGUUCUGCUGGCUCCUCGCAAGGGGAAACUGGCCCAUCCGGGCAGCAGACACAGACUGAUAGCCCUGACAUUCAGUCAACCUCCUCGGGUGACGAACCUGCUAAAAACGAACUCCCACAAGGCGUGACGAAUAAUGUGUCUCCCACCCCAUCAGACGUCUCAGUGACUUCUCCUGGAAAAGACCAAGAACAGAUUCAAGCUUCCGGGUCACUAACGCUGGAAGCCGGAUCUGUCGAUAUUUCUGCACAGGGCAGUGAUGUUGCUGCAGGCGGCGCACGAUUGAGGCGGCUCUCUGAUACAGACGUCUCAACAGAGAAAUAUCUUACAAUUGUCGUGCACUCCGCUGCUUGGUGUUUGUCAGCGGGGUCACUGGGGUUGUCAGCUGCUGUAUUGUCCAUGACAGGAGCGCUUCUGUCCAGCGUUUCAGUCUGAGGCGUAAUAACGGGUGCACAUUAUAUCGACUGUCAAGCCCAGUGGUGUAUACAAACAAAACCAGGUUUCACUGGGGAGUGUCAGGUACCAUUCAUCAACCUACCAAGCAGCAGGUAGCCUGAAUCCUUACGGAGAAGGCUAAAGCGAUCUCGUUCAAUAUGCCUGCCUUUGCGUUUUCGGAACUCAUCACCUGUCUCAAACAACCUAUGUUCUUUUAGACGCCAGUCGGGGAACAGAAAAUCAGUCGACAAAUUACUGAAUGAUUGCAACUUCAACACCGUUGCCGACAUGCGAGAAAUGCUGCAGCGAGUGUGAGAUACUGUAUACUCAUAGCUAAUGUUAGUGUGAGUUUUUCUACACCGACUGAUUCGUCUAAUCCCUCAUUAACUCACCAGUGCUGACGAAGAUGACAAUAUUACCUCAUGGCGUUGCCUUGGAAUGAUUUUGAAGCUUUUGUUGAAUGCUAAGCGGUGGGAAGGGGUCACUCAAGGCCGUGUAGCUCUCUACUUCAAGUAGCUUAACAGGGAGAAAUACUGGGCGUACAACGUGUUCGACAGGUUUUCUCAUGGCAGCGGCUCUGCUGCAGACCAGUGGCCAUUGUGUGAGCGCACGCUGCUGCCAAGACACACAUUUUCAGAUACGUGUUCCAUGUUGCAUGCAGUUUUUUUGAAUGCUGAACGUUGUGACCUUCGGAUCACACUCUAUCUUUUCCUGCGUCGUUCUAAACCAAAGCGAUCUGUCAUCGCUCUCCAUACUCGCCUUAUCUGUUGGGCAGUGUGAGCAACUCUGCCAGACCUGCGACGAUUUAGGCAUGCCGGAACAACCGCUCUCUUUCUUGCCAUUGGGUGGCGUCCUUGGUCCGCCGCAAUACAUCAUGUUGGCGCGUGGAGCACUGACGGUUACAGUCGCAACUUUGUUGAGUAAAUGAGUUGGAAUGAUCACGACCAGUCGGCAAGGCCUUCGUCCGAUUAGAACUCUGCAUGUAUUCACAUAUGCGAGAAACUCACCUUCUUCCGACAAACUGGCCAGAAGCCUCAGCCGCUCUGUCAGCGAUGUCACGAACUUGCAUUGACUGUUCAGUGCUUUCUCCACUGAGCAAUUCUGACUACGAAAAUCAUGUGAAACCAUCACGUUUCGGGUUUCUGAAGCGC